AUGGGGUAUUUUGUUCCGGGUCGUUCGAUUGAGAACCUAAAGCAUUACAAGUAUCAAAGUGAGGAUAGAUCUAUUGUUAGUAAGAUAUUUCUUAAGCCCUUCUGGAACACGUUUGUCGAAAUAUUCCCAAAAUGGAUGGCACCAAACCUUGUUACGCUGAGUGGGUUAGGGUUUAUUGUAAUUAAUCUAAUUAUCACACUAUAUUAUGACCCAUACUUAAAUAAAAGUAUGCCACAUUGGGUGUAUUUAUCAAACGCAAUUGGUCUAUUUCUUUAUCAAACAUUUGAUGGGUGUGAUGGUGUUCAUGCACGUCGUACCGGACAAUCUAGUCCCCUAGGGGAAUUAUUUGAUCAUAGUAUAGAUGCAAUUAAUACAACACUUUCUGCAUACAUAUUUUGUUCUGCACUUGGUACUGGGUAUGGGUAUAAGAUGAUAUAUUCUCAAUUUGCAGUAUUGACUAAUUUUUAUUUGAGUACUUGGGAAGAAUAUCAUACUCAUGUAUUAUUCUUAUCAGAAAUGUCUGGACCUGUGGAGGGAAUCCUUGCCAUUUGUUUUGCUUAUUUAGCUACCGCUAUAUUUGGACCAGAUUUGAUAUGGCAUACAACUUUGGCAACUUUUAAGAUAAAUGAUCAACAAUAUGUUUUUGAAACGGCCGAUUCUCUUCUAGUUGUGUUCACACUUGGUUUAAUUAUGAAUUGUUAUUCUGCAAGUAGAAACGUUAUAGAUCAUUAUAGAAAAGAAAAAUCAAAUUUGAAUAUGAAUUUUGCAGUUAAUCAAGCAAUGAGAGGUUUGUCACCAUACGUCUUAUAUGUGAUAACUGUAGUUCUUAUAGUUCUCGUUGAGAAAAGGUUUAUUGAUUUUUCAUUCAUCCUUUCAAUUGGAUCUACAGUCGCUUUUGUUGUUGGAAGAAUUAUUGUGAACCAUUUAACAAGACAAGAAUAUCCAAUGUACAACAUUUCGAUGUUUAUUCCUUUAUCGCAAUUAAUCGCUUACUUUAUUACAAUUAAUUUUACGUCGGGCUACCGUACGGAUAGUAUCAUUAGCGCAUUAUCUUGGUUAGGUUGUGGUUUAUCAUUGGGUAUUCAUGCCCUAUUUUUAAAUGAGAUUAUUUAUGAAUUUACAACCUAUUUGGAUGUUUAUGCAUUGACUAUCAAGCAUUCCAAAUUUGUUUAA